AUCUUAGGCCCCCCGAGACAGCAAACCAGACACCAACUCACAAUCUUCAUCACUUGCUUGCUAUCUUGUCGUCCCGACUCCCAGCCACCGACUCCACGAGCUUACGGCAACAUCUCCUCAGUCCUCACCAUGGCCAUCCAGAAAUCCAACCGCAACGGGGCUGCCCCCACAACAGACCUCGUCACCCUCGCCGACAACAUUGCAAGCCAGACCAAAGCCAUCGCCCAAUACCUCGAGGCCAACAACGUCGAACCGCCCUCCUUCUCCCCGGCAUCCAGCCAGCUCCCCAACACCGCCGAGUACGUCGCCCUCUACAACAGCCUCAAGACGUCGCUCCAGGACCUCGAGCGCCUCGUCGACGGGCCCAAGCGCUGGCUCCGCUCGUUUGUGUGUCAGGGGAACGACCUCGCCGCCCUGCAGGUCGCCUUUGAGCUGGACUUUUUCGGCCUCGUCCCCGCCGCCGAGGAGAUCUCCAUGGGGGACCUGGCCGCUGCCGCGGGGCUGGAUGCCGACAGGACGGCGCGCGUCCUCCGCAUGCUCACCACGCACCGCAUUUUCCAGGAGCCCCGGGCUGGCUUUGUGGCGCACUCCGCCACGUCCUUGGUUGUUCAUAAUGAUGAGGAUUUGAAGUGUGCCGGGGCUUACACGUCCGCCUCUCCCUCCACGACCGACUGCCUCAGGGCAUCCCCCUACGAGUCGGACAGCAUCCAUUCCCCGUUCAACACGAGGCAUGGUGUCCCCAUGUUCCGCUAUUACGCCGAGAGACCACGUGAAGCCGCUCGUUUCGCCAAAGCCAUGACCGGCGUUGCCAAAUUGGACCGCCCCAUCACCGAGCUGAGGGACUUCUUCCCCUGGGAGACGCUUUCCGGCACAGUCGUGGACGUGGGCGGCGGAAACGGCCAUAUUUCCAGGGCCCUGGCUCUUGACUUCCCCCACCUCAACUUCAUCGUCCAAGAUGGAUCCCCCGAGAUGCUCGCCCAGGGCCAAAAGAUGCUGCCCCCCGCCCUGCAGGGCCGCAUCAAGUACAUGCAGUACGACUUCUUCUCCCCGCAACCGCUCCGCGACGUCGCCGCCUUUAUCAUCCGCCAGUGCACCCACAACUGGUGCGACCGCGACGUCGUCAACAUCUUCCGCGCCUUCGUGCCGGGUCUCGAGGGCAGCAAGCCCGGCACGCCGCUGCUGAUCAACGAGGCCGUCCUCCCCGAGCUUGGUGCCUGGCCCGCCCACGAGGAGCGUUUGCUCAGGCAGAUGGACAUCCUGAUGUUGAUUGGGUUGGGGGCGAAGCAGCGUACGAGGGCCGAGUUUGAGGACCUGCUCAAGCAGGCCGAUCCGAGAUAUGAGGUCAAGAGUGUGUCUGUGGAUGGUGCUCUGGGCUUGUUGGAGGUUCAUCUGAAUCACUGAGGUCUACCGUUGGUGUGAGGAAUCACAUGCAAGAGUAGGAUGGCUGUAUCUUACUGUGGAAAUCAAGUCCAUGUCAGGACUCAGGGCC